AUUCAGCUGGUUUUUACACUUCAUUUUCGUACUUGCAGCGUCACACACGAUCCCGUACCAAAAAAUGCAGGCAGCCUUGAGCUUGGCACCUUCACCUCUCUCCAUAGUUACAAAACCCUUGUUUCCGCCAUGUAAAUCCAUGCUAAAAUUGCAGACUCCAAGAGGUUUCAAAGCAACACCUGUUGGACAGGAUAACUCAACAGUUGAUUACAGCUCCACGGCAUCAGUAUUUCCAGCUGAGGCAUGCGAUACACUUGGAGGAGAAGCCUGUGAUGUUGAGAUGUUCCCUGAAGUGAAGCUAAAGCCAGAUCAAACACAAAGCAAUAAGGGUAAGACAGGUUCAGAGCAGGUUGACAGAGAAUACUUGGAGUACAACAGUCCCAAGACGGUGUUCAUAGGAGAGGCUUGUGAUGAUCUUGGAGGAGAAUUCUGUGAGCCCGAGUACCAGAAAGGAGUUCAAUGAUUUUACCAGAUAAACCUCAAAACAGUAACUGCAAAUAAAUAAUGGGGUGGUCGCCUUCUUUGUAACCUGCAUACUGCCUGGUGUUUAUUGUGAAAUAGUCUAAAUUUUAAGCUAUUUAUCAACUUUUUUUUUCCUGCA